GUCCUCCCCCCCCAUACCCCCCACCCCCAUCGGACCCUGGCUCGGAUUCGCCACACGGGCGCUGUCCUCGCAGGGGGGUACGGGAUCACCAUCGACCAGUGGAGCUAACUUCUGGUGGUGGUUCGGUCUCCCUGACCCCCUGCCCUGCCUCGCCUGUCAGCACACCCGACCCCACCGGAGCCAGAACAUGGCAGGGAACCUGAAGAAAGGCGGGGGGAUAAUCGGAAUGAUGAAGGAUGCCUUCCAGCCACACCAUCACCACCUCCACUCCCAUCACCAGCCCGGGGCCGUGGACAAAAAGACGGUGGAGAAAUGCUGGAAACUGAUGGACAAGGUGGUGCGGCUUUGCCAAAACCCCAAAUUGGCCCUGAAGAACAGCCCCCCUUACAUCCUGGACUUGCUGCCAGACACCUACCAACACCUGCGCACCAUUUUGUCUCGCUACGAGGGGAAAAUGGAGACUCUGGGAGACAACGAGUACUUCCGGGUCUUCAUGGAAAACCUAACCAAGAAGACCAAGCAGACCAUCAGCUUGUUCAAGGAGGGCAAGGAGCGCAUGUAUGAGGAGAAUUCCCAGCCCAGGCGGAAUCUCACCAAGUUAUCGCUGAUCUUCAGUCACAUGCUGGCGGAGCUGAAGGCCAUCUUCCCCAGCGGUCUGUUUCAAGGUGACAACUUCCGCAUCACCAAGGCAGAUGCCGCCGAGUUCUGGAGGCGCGCCUUCGGGGACAAAACCAUUGUGCCUUGGAAAGUCUUUCGUCAAUCUCUCCAUGAGUUUCAUCCCAUCAGUUCUGGGCUGGAAGCCAUGGCCCUAAAGUCCACUAUAGAUCUCACCUGCAACGAUUACAUCUCUGUCUUUGAGUUUGACAUCUUCACCAGGCUCUUCCAGCCUUGGUCAUCCCUGCUGCGGAACUGGAACAGCUUGGCAGUUACUCACCCAGGGUACAUGGCCUUCCUCACAUAUGAUGAGGUCAAAGCUCGACUGCAGAAGUUCAUCCACAAGCCCAGCAGUUAUAUCUUCCGUCUCAGCUGCACACGCCUGGGUCAGUGGGCUAUCGGCUACGUGACCGCAGAUGGAAAUAUUCUCCAAACCAUUCCCCACAACAAGCCCCUCUUCCAGGCCCUCAUAGAUGGUUCUAGGGAAGGAUUCUAUUUAUACCCUGAUGGCCGGAGCCAAAACCCUGACCUGACAGGACUGUGCGAGCCCUCCCCUCAAGAUCACAUCAAAGUCACACAGGAGCAAUAUGAGCUGUACUGUGAGAUGGGCUCCACUUUCCAGCUUUGUAAGAUCUGUGCUGAGAAUGACAAGGAUGUGAAGAUUGAGCCCUGUGGUCAUCUCAUGUGCACCUCCUGUCUCACUGCCUGGCAGGAGUCGGAAGGUCAGGGAACGGGGUGUCCCUUUUGUCGCUGUGAGAUUAAAGGUACAGAGCCCAUUGUCGUAGACCCUUUUGACCCCAAAGACAACAGCGGGGGCUCAGUUCGAGGCAGCCUGGGAGCUGAGGGCGCUCCCUCCCCCAGCUAUGACGAUGAUGACGACGACAGACUUGAAGACCCUCAUCUCAUGAUGAGCAAGCUUGCCUGCACAAAGGUGGAGCGCCCCCCUUCACCCAUGUCCAUGGCUCCUCAGUCUUCUUAUCCCCCAGUGCCUCCCAGACUUGACCUUUUACCACACAGACCUCCGAACCCCCCUGGUGCCUCUAGUCCUGGAGUCACCAGUAAGGCAGCAUCUCAUCACAAAGACAAGCCUCUCCCCCUCCCUCCUGCUCUGCGGGACCUCCCCCCUCCGCCUCCUCCAGACAGACCCCACAUAGUCGGGACAGCCCCUGAUAGCCGGCUGCAGAGACGACCAUUGCCCUGCACUCCAGGGGAGCCCCAUCGAGAUAAGCUUCCUCCCACACCCCCCACCCGCCCUAUAGCUGACUGGAACCCGAGGCCUGUUCCCAAGGCACCAAUCUCCUCAUCCUCAUCGUCAUCCUCCUCAUCCUCCUCAUCCAACCAGGUCUCCAGUCUGGGAGGGGACAUUGGUGCAGGUGUGAGGGAACUAUCCAAUAGACACUCCCUCCCGUUGGCACUUCCCUCUGCUCUGGACACUCGGUCAGAGUCUCCCAAGAACAACAGCACCCUCAGUCUGGACCAUCAGCUGAGUUUUGCAGCUCUAACUUGUCAAGAUUACGACAGCCCCAAAGUGAAACCGUCAGCCUCGGCUAACGCCAUCUAUUCGCUCGCUAACAGACCGUCUCCAGUCUUAAGAUCAAUGACCGGAGAAGAGGCCCGGGACAGUGAGGAGGAAUCGGAGUACAUGGUCCCUCCUCCUCGUCCCAUUACGGUACCAUCUGCACUGGAGGCCCCACCCGUCUCAAGACCCCCACAGCCUCAGCCUCCAGCAGCACUUCACGCACAGACCCAAGUGUCCACACUCAACUCGCGGCUAACACUGGCUGAUCUGGAGGAUGGACCUCAAACGUAUGAAGCCAUGUACAACGUCCAGGCCAGGUCUCAACAAGCCAGAGACUCGGAUUAUUCAGAGUUGCCUCCUCUGACAAUGACCAACGGUCCCAGAGACCACACAGCCGAGGACAGGGAGGACGAGGACAACGGCUAUGACUUCCCAAAGCCCCGACUGCCGCUGCCCCCUGCACGGCGGACCAUUUCAGACAUAGGAGGCUCUUUGUCUUCUUCUUCCUCUUCAUCCUCCUCCUCAUCUAGUUCUGCCGCUGCUUUCAAUCGCUUUUCUCUUGAUUCAGAUGCUGGAGCCGCUGGAGUCGUCUUAGACCACAUGGACGCACCGGAGAGACCUCCGAAGCCUCUGCCCAGACGGAUCAACUCUGAGCGUCGGCACAGCCCCGUCCCGCCCGUCCCCACCCCGCCCGGCUGUGGAGCAACGGGAGGUGAAGCCAACCCCCUGAUCAGUAGCGAAAUUGAGCACCUCAUGAGUCAGGGCUACUCUUACCAGGACAUCCAGAAAGCACUGAUGAUUGCACAGAACAAUAUAGAAAUGGCCAAGAAUAUUCUGCGCGAGUUUGUCUCGGUGUCCUCCAGCGCACACGUUCUCACAUAGCACACCGCUCCGCCGCAGCCCCGUGUUUGCUCUCUCUUUCUCUCUCGCCCCAGCUUGGCCCAGCCCGGUUUGGUUUAGGCUGGCACAGACCAAGCCAAAGCCUGCUGCCUGCAGCACUGCCCCAGUGCUGGCUGACCCCCCCCCCCCCCCGUGGAUUUUUAACUGGCUGUUACUCCAGUGAGCUCACAGUGUCUAUGGGACUCUGUGCCCUGCACUCCAUGCGCUUUCAACAGUGUCUGGCCUUUGUUUUUGUUAUGAUUUUUCUUUUCUUUUUUUUAAACUGCUACAGUAGGCCGCUUCAGUUACAAGAGAAUCUCUUUGGGACUGACUGACCGGGUUCGGAGGGGUGACUGACCACCACAAUACCCAAGACUUUGGUAGGAAUUCUGGGAAGACGGAUUCUUAUCGUUCAUGUUGAAGCCUCUUGCUGGAAUUGUAACCAACACCUCACAAAUAAAACUAAAAGUGUAUGUUUAUUUGAAAAUUUAAUAUAUGAGUAAAUAUAUAUUAAAUGUGUGUAAUAUAUAUACAGUACGUGCAUAUACAAUAUGUGAAAAUGGUUCCAGUGAUGAGGGGAAUCAGAGGGGAUUGAGCUCUCUGCCCCACUGAGGAGGAAGAGUUGAGGUGUCUUCCUCAUCAGGACGUGUUGGUUGGCAGCAGCUUGAAAACCCAUGCAGCAGAGCUUCUUUCAUCAUGAACUGAGUCCGACACGGCCUUUCAUUAACAACUUUUCUUUGGUACUUUUCAUUUCUCCCCCCCCAAAAAAAAAAGUCGCUUGUUUUGCCGUGUUGUGUUUUUUUCGACGUAGCAUGACGAUGGUUUCAGGUCUGGACUUGUUGCUGACCGUUCGUGUGUGUUAAGUGUAUGUGAGCAUGCAUUGUUUGCGUGUGUGUGCGUGCGUAUACCAGACUGCUUCUCAUGGCCCGCUCCGAGAUGAAACCCCGCUCAUGUGCAACAUGAAUGUGGAAUUACAGUGGGUGUACUGAGACUCUGUAAUCAUACUGCUGCUCCCAGUGACCUGGCGGGGCCCAGCCCAGCUGGAGAGCCUGGCAGUGGGACGAAUGGAGGACGCGCUAAUGUUGACAAUCCGACACCACCAGACAGGCUAGUGUUGUGCGAAACAUGGCGGCUGGAACGUUUUUUGUUCCGUCUGUCAGACUUCACUGGCUGGUCCAAGAUUCUGUCUCCAGCCCAGUUCAAUGUUACAAAACAAACUAAAGUCAAAAAUAAGAAUCCAUUGAUUUACUUUAGUAAUAUAUUAUUGUAAUAUGAUCAUAAAUGUUAUUAUUAAUUCAGAAGUGCUUCACUGCUGCUACUAUUGUUAGUGCGAAACAAUUAAGCCUUAAAUGUACAUUUGUGAAUAAUGUGUUUAACCUGUUUCUUUAAAGUGACAGUAUCAUUCCAGUUUUUAAUGUAGCAUACUUGAAAUACAAGCAGCUUGCGAGCCUGCAACCUUCCGAAGCUGAACUGUUGAUUCAUCAGUGUUU